CUUUGUACAGGUGUUGGCUUGUAUUUUUUGUGCUGAGUAUACAGGGGAAAAGACUGGGUCUAACAAGCUCAAGGUCUACGUGCUACAAGCUACAGUUUUCUCCCAGACUUUACAACUAAUGUCACUGUCGACCCACUGCAAUGACAACGUCCCAAAAACACAGACAUUUCUGUUCUGAGCCAAUGGGGGAUAAACUUGUAUAUGAGCUUCCUGGAAUUGGUCCUGUGCUGGGCGGACGACUACAGAACAAGGGUAUAAUAAGAGCACGAGAUGUCCUGGGGCGUUUUCUGGUCCUGAACAAGGAUGAGUGGAAGUUUAAGAAUUGGCUUAGAGACUCAUGCGGAGCAAAUGCAAAGCAGCAGAGGGACUGUUACAACUGUCUGAGAGAAUGGACGAGUAACCAUUUAUAAAGAGCAAAAUGAUAACAGGUUUAAACUAAUUAAUAUUGCAUAUACCCUA